AUGUCGGUCGACGGUCCUCUCCAUGAGAGGCUCUCACUCGACGUAAACAGCACCGCUUUCUCGACCCCAACACAAGUGCAGUCGAAGGGCUCUUUUGGGCUCGGGCAGCAGCAGGCUGCUCGCAAGAAUGAAGUGGCAGUGGUCGCUGCGGGGAGUGAAGACGACAAGCUGCCACCUGUUGGCUUCGCGCAAUUAUUUCGUUACUCUACGAAGACCGAAAUUGUCCUGGACGGCUUCGGUAUCGUUGCCGCUAUAGCUGCAGGCGCAGCCCAGCCGUUGAUGUCCCUUCUCUUCGGUAACUUGACGAACCAAUUCGUUCAGUUUGGUGCAAAGGUGGCUAGUCUGCAGAACGACCCGUCCAACACAACUCUUCGACAGCAACUAGAGGAGACGGCCGCCAACUUCAGACAUACCGCUGCGAACGACGCCCUCUACCUCUUCUUCAUCGGCCUUGGGAUGUUCCUUUGCACCUAUGCCUACAUGCUCAUAUGGGGAUGGACCGCGGAGGUCACGGCAAAGCGCAUUCGCGAGCGUUACCUUCGGGCCACCCUUCGACAGGAUGUCGCGUACUUCGACCACGUUGGCGCAGGAGAGGUCGCCACGCGCAUACAGACCGACACACAUCUCGUCCAGCAAGGCAUCUCCGAGAAAGUGGCCCUCUGUGCUACCUUCAUAUCUUCCUUCAUCACCGGUUUCGUGCUUGGGUAUGUGCGGAACGCUCGACUUGCUGGCGCGCUUACUGCGGUUCUGCCUUGCGUUGCGACGACCGGCUUUCUUAUGAACAAGAUGGUUUCUCGCUAUAUGCAACAGUCGCUCACCUUCGUCGCGGAAGGUGGUUCCUUCGCUGAGGAGGUCAUCUCAACGAUCCGUACCGCCCAAGCCUUCGGGACUCAGAAGACCCUCUCGCGUCUGUACGAUGUCUCUGUAGGGAAGGCAUUCAGCGUCGAUAGCAGGGCUGCGCUCUGGCAAGGCUGCAGCUUCGCCGUCUUCAUGUUCAUCAUGUAUUCAGCCUACGCACUCGCUUUCGACUUCGGGACGACAUUGAUCAACUCAGGUCACGCCGACGCUGGUCAAGUUAUCAACGUGAUCAUGGCUAUCCUCACCGGCUCAAUCUCCCUCGUUAUGCUGGCACCUGAAAUGCAAGCGAUCAACUACGGACGUGGCGCAGCCGCCAAGCUCUACGCUACCAUCGACCGUGUCCCUUCAAUCGAUUCGGCAAGCGAUGAAGGCCUCAAGCCCAAUAGCAUCAUCGGCGAGAUCGAGCUUCGUAACAUCGGCUUUUCGUACCCUGCUCGCCCAGACGUACCAAUCGUUCGUGACCUCAGCAUCAAGUUCGCCGCGGGCAAGACCGCCGCGCUCGUCGGCGCAUCCGGUUCGGGCAAGUCUACCGUGAUCUCCUUGGUUGAGCGCUUCUACGACCCGAUCCACGGAGAAGUGAAGCUUGAUGGGCGCGAUGUGAAGGAGCUAAACGUGCGCUGGUUGCGCGGUCAGAUCGGUCUCGUCUCGCAGGAGCCAACACUCUUCGCUACCACGAUCCGCGGCAACAUCGAACACGGCUUGAUCAACACCCCCUACGAACACGCCGGCCCGGAGAAGAAGAUGGAGCUUGUACGCGAGGCGGCGGUCAAGGCGAACGCUGACGGCUUCAUCUCUAAGCUUCCGCUUGGCUACGAGACGUUGGUCGGCGAGCGCGGGUUCCUUCUAUCCGGUGGCCAGAAACAACGCAUCGCCAUCGCUCGCGCUAUCGUUUCGGACCCGCGCAUUCUAUUGCUCGAUGAGGCUACGUCUGCCCUCGAUACACAGUCCGAGGGCAUCGUUCAGCACGCGCUCGACAAGGCCGCCGCCGGGCGUACUACGAUCACAAUUGCCCACCGCCUGUCAACAGUCAAGGGCGCUGAUUGCAUCUACGUCAUGGGCGGUGGCAGCGUACUCGAGGCCGGUCGCCACGACGAGCUUCUUCGGAACGCGGACGGACCAUAUGCGCGCCUCGUACAGGCGCAGCGCCUGCGGGAGGUAAAGGAGGCGGAAGCGGAUGAUCCGGACGAGGACGACAAGUCGGGUGUCAUAGGCGCUGUUGAUGGAAGGGAAGACUUUGAGAAGCAGGCGCAGGAGGAGAUACCUCUUGGUCGCUCUGACACCAAGCAGAGUCUCGCGUCGGAGAUCAUCAAGCAACAACAGGCUGCCGCGCAGAAGGGAGAGAAAGAGUUCGGUCUGGUCUACAUCCUCAAGCGUCUGGGCAUGAUCAAUGGCAAUCGUUGGAAGCACUACCUUCUGGGGGCCUUCUUCGCUAUGUGCACUGGGUCUGUCUACCCCAGCUUUGGCAUCGUCUUCUCUCAGGGUAUCACUGCAUUUGGCGAAACCGACAACCACGAGCGACGCCACGACGGAGAUCGCAACGCUCUAUGGUUCUUCGUCAUCUCCAUCCUCGCCUUCCUUGCUAUGUGCAGCCAGAACUACUUGUUCGCUUCUUCCGCCGCGUCUUUGACCCAGCGUCUGCGCUCUCUCGCGUUCAAGUCCGUGCUACGUCAAGACAUCGAGUACUUCGACCGCGAUGAGAACAGCACCGGCGCUCUCGUCUCGAAGAUGUCUGAUGGCCCUCAGAAAGUGAAUGGUCUCAUGGGCGUGACGCUCGGCACGAUCAUGCAAUCUAUCACCACCCUUGUCCUCGGCACCAUCCUCGGCAUCGUGUACGUCUGGAAGCUCGGACUCGUCGCCAUGGCAUGCGUUCCAUUCCUCAUGUCGACGGGGUACAUCCGUUUGCGCGUCGUCGUUCUCAAGGAUCAGCGCAACAAGAAGGUCCACGAAGAGAGCGCUCAGCUUGCGUGCGAAGCCGCCGGCGCUAUUCGCACGGUCGCGUCGCUCACUCGGGAGGAAGACUGUAUUCGCCAAUACUCCGAGUCGCUCGACGAACCUCUCAGGUACAGCAAUCGCACUAGCAUAUGGUCGUGCGCUCUUUAUGCUCUAUCCCAGGCGUCGUCUUUCUUCGUCAUCGCUCUCGUGUUCUGGUACGGUUCUCGUCUGGUCUCCUUUGGAGAGGCAAACACUAGCGACUUCUUCGUCGCAUUGAUGUCGACCGUCUUUGGCACCAUCCAAGCAGGCCACAUCUUCUCAUUCGUACCAGACAUAUCCUCGGCGAAGAGCGCCGCCACAGACCUCAUUCAUCUCUUCGACAACAUCCCCGAUGUCGAUGCCGAAAGCGACGAAGGCAGAACUCCUGAAGCUGUACAGGGCCACAUCCGCUUCGAGGACGUCCACUUCCGGUACCCCACGCGGCCCGGUGUGCGCGUUCUUCGCGGACUCGACCUCGAUAUCCGCCCAGGAACAUACGUGGCGCUCGUCGGCGCAUCAGGCUGCGGCAAGUCCACGGCCAUCCAGUUGAUCGAGCGCUUCUACGACCCACUAUCUGGGCGUGUUCUACUGGAUGGUCAACCGAUCGAGGAGCUCAACGUACAGAAGUACCGCCAGAACAUCGCGCUCGUCUCGCAAGAGCCUACGCUCUACUCGGGUACCAUCCGCUUCAACAUCCUUCUCGGGGCUUCUAAGCCACAAGACGACGUGACGCAGGAUGAAAUUGAAGCCGCUUGUCGCGAUGCGAACAUUCUCGAGUUCAUCCAGGGUCUGCCCAAGGGCUUCGAUACCGAGGUCGGCGGCAAGGGCAGUCAGCUCUCCGGAGGACAGAAGCAGCGCAUUGCGAUCGCCCGUGCGCUUCUGCGCAAUCCGAAGGUUCUGUUGCUUGAUGAAGCGACGUCGGCGCUCGAUUCCAACUCGGAGAAGGUUGUACAGGCCGCGCUCGAUCAUGCUGCUAAGGGGCGCACUACGAUCGCUAUUGCGCAUCGUUUGUCGACUAUCCAGAACGCCGAUUGCAUCUACUUCGUUAAGGAGGGCCGCGUGGCUGAGAAGGGUAUCCACGACGAGCUCAUCAACCGUAGAGGUGACUACUACGAAUACGUGCAACUCCAAGCGCUCUCCAAGGCUGGGUAA